GAAGAACAGCAACCUCUACAAGUACUCCUGUGGGAUUGUGCUCAUUGGAAGACUGGGUUUGAAGGCAAUUAAAAGUGGAUUUUUAACACCCCUGCGCUGUUUCUGGCAAAUUUUGCUUCUUCUUCACAUUUUUCGCUUUGGCAAGCUGAAGACUGCUGCCUUUCUCUCUCUUUCUCUGCUACAAACAAGGAGAUCAACCAGCCUGCAGUAAGAAGAAGCAAAGCCUUGAAGCAACAACUGAAAAAAACCCUCUAGAAAGGUUUUAAGGACUGCAUUGUGCAGAGAAAACGCAGAAUUGCCAAUGCCUCUUGUCCGCUCUCUCUCCGUCACCUCUCUCAAUGGGCUCCCCCAGUGGGAAGACGAAGAGCUCCCGGUGGAGGAUUUAUUACUGUUUGAAGUGGCUUGGGAAGUCACGAAUAAAGUGGGCGGCAUCCACACCGUGAUUCAGACCAAAGCCAAAAUCACACUGGACGAAUGGGGGGAAAACUACUUCCUCAUCGGCCCUUACUUUGAGCAAAACGUGAAGACCCAGGUGGAAGUCUGUGAGCCGCCCAACGUGGCAGUGAAAAAAGCCAUGGAGAGCAUGAAGGACGGUGGGUGCCAGGUGUAUUUUGGCAGGUGGCUGAUAGAAGGGAGCCCAUAUGUGGUCCUGUUCGACAUAGGGUCAGCAGCUUGGAAUCUGGACAAGUGGAAAGGGGAAUUCUGGGAUGCAAGCCACAUUGGAAUCCCUUCCCAUGACCGAGAAGCAAACGAUGCCCUCAUCUUUGGAUCAGUAACUGCCUGGUUCUUGAAAGAGCUCACCGAUCAAUUUGAAGAGAAGCCUAAUAUCAUUGCUCAUUUCCAUGAAUGGCAAGCAGGACCUGGACUGAUCCUUUCUCGAUAUCAGAAGAUCCCCAUCGCGACCAUCUUCACGACUCACGCUACUCUGCUGGGAAGGUACCUAUGUGCAGCAAGUAUAGACUUCUACAACCACCUGGACCAGUUUGACAUAGAUAAAGAAGCAGGCGAAAGGCAGAUAUACCACCGGUACUGCAUGGAACGGGCAUCGGUACACUGUGCCCACGUGUUCACCACGGUCUCUCACAUAACAGCCAUAGAAGCGGAACACAUGCUCAAAAGAGCAGCCGAUGUUGUCACCCCCAACGGUCUGAACAUUAAGAAAUUCUCGGCCAUGCAUGAGUUCCAGAAUUUGCAUGCCACCUGCAAAUCAAGGAUCCAAGAGUUCGUUCGGGGCCAUUUCUAUGGCCAUCUUGAUUUCAACCUUGAAAGGACCUUGUUUUUCUUCAUCGCGGGGAGAUACGAGUUUUCGAACAAAGGGGCUGACAUGUUUCUGGAGGCCUUAUCUAGAUUAAACUUCCUACUGAGGGUCCACAGGAGUGACAUCACGGUCAUCGUGUUCUUCAUAAUGCCAGCACACACCAACAAUUUCAACGUGGAAACUUUGAAAGGCCAGGCAGUCCGAAAGCAGCUCUGGGACACUGCACAUUCUGUGACGGAGAAGUUUGGCAAGAAGCUCUAUGACGCUCUAUUAAGAGGAGAAAUUCCCGAUAUGAACAAGAUCCUGGAUCGUGACGAUCUGACCAUCAUGAAACGAGCCAUAUAUUCAACCCAGCGACAGAGCCUGCCUCCCGUGACAACCCACAACAUGAUCGAUGAUUCCAGUGACCCCAUCCUCAGCACCAUUAGACGGAUCGGUCUUUUCAACAACCGGACGGAUCGGGUUAAGGUGAUACUGCACCCCGAAUUCCUUUCUUCAACUAGCCCAUUAUUACCCAUGGACUAUGAGGAGUUCGUCAGAGGUUGCCACCUUGGUGUCUUCCCAUCAUACUAUGAGCCCUGGGGCUAUACUCCUGCCGAGUGCACCGUCAUGGGGAUUCCCAGUGUGACCACAAACCUCUCAGGAUUUGGCUGCUUCAUGCAGGAACAUGUAGCUGACCCAGCCGCUUACGGUAUUUACAUCGUGGAUAGGAGAUUCCGCUCCCCAGAUGAGUCUUGCAACCAGCUGACGCAGUUCCUUUAUGGAUUCUGCCAGCAAUCACGACGACAACGAAUCAUCCAGAGAAACCGAACGGAGAGGCUCUCAGACCUGCUGGAUUGGAGAUAUCUAGGAAGG